AUGACCAUUCACAACGAUUUUUCCCAGAUUUUCGAGUUCCCAGUUGUUUUUGAACGCGGCAGGUGUACAUACUGUAACCGCGAGUCAUUUUCUGAUUGCGUCACCAGAAAGCGUCACAUUCUCAAAAACCGUUUGGUUUAUUGUGUUUAUUUAGGGUGGAUGUGCCCCGGUUGCCAUCGACCCUCAAAAUGACCAAAUUACAGUUUCUAAAUGUAUUUUUGACCGAACGGUUGAUGUUAGCCGCCCAAGAGAUAUAUAAGCAAGUGGAAGAGACAAUAUUAGAAUACCAGGAAGAAAUAAUCCAGGGAAAGAGAGAGAAUGAUCAAUUGAGACGCAAGUUUGGGAUUCCAUGGCCAGACCGAGAGCCCUUUGCUCCUGUAGAAUCUGAGGAGGAGGGAGGCAUUGGGCAAAAGCAGGAACCAGAGCCAAGGCAGACUAUGGAGAGACAGGAGGGAAGGACCAGAAAGGAGGAAAAUCAGUUUAGAGGACCGGACUCUCAGUCUAGAUUCACUCCUUCCAAUGGAAACGAUGACUAUGAUCAGAACCCACCUCAACACACCUCACUCAGUCAGUUCCAAACUCACACCGGGGAGAGUAGAGAGGGAGGCUCUCUGUCCAGCUCAUCAACAUCCAAACCAAUCAAAACAGAGACUGAAGGACUGGGUGUUUGUCCAUUUGAUCCGUCAAGUGACCCCAAUACAUUCUCUUCGUCAGUGAACCUUGACCUUUCGGCAGCACAGAGUGAGAACAGUGACUAUGAAAACACAGAUGACUUCUGGUGCUGUGCGGUGUGGAGGGAAGGCCAGGAGGAGGUGGAGGGUGUGGUUCCCAGUACCUGGGUGGUGGGCAGGAAGGUCCUGUGGCCUCCAGCCAAUGGGAGGAAAGCUCUGAAAGAGAGACACAAGCCAGGAGCCAAUUGGACGACGUAUGACCUUGUUAAGGUCAAACUAUUCUCAGAAUCUCUGGAAGAGUGUGAAGGCUACAGUAGGUCCAGUGAUGAGCUCACUGACAACGGAGACAGUGAGCCCAACACGCAGAAGAAGAAGAGGAGGAGGAGGAAGAGGAGGACGGGCACUGAUCAGAUACCUCAAGGAGGACCCAGUGGAGAUGGAAGGAUACACACAGGUGACAGAAUCCUUAGAGAAUGUUUUGGGCCACCGUGUUGUACUUUCACUAAACUAGCCAUAUGUAUGGAACACAAUUCUGUAGCUGUACUCAUUGCCUGUUUAUCCAAAGGUGUGUCAGGAUCAUCAAACUCUCCUCCUCUGAAGAGGAGAGUGAUGACGAAAUCUGGAACCCUGGAGGAGAGUUCUGGAGCUCUAGAAGCAGAACCUCAGCUGGAUCCGUCUGAGCUCAGAGGCCUUGACGACGCACUCAACAAGGAGAGCUACCUCAUAGAGGGACCACACUCUUCUGACGCAUGGGAUGCUGUUUUUCCAACCUCUCAGUCCAGAGAGGGAACAUUCCUAAGUGGACAGGAUAUGAUGGGAAACCUGCUGAAUUCAACCCAAAGUUUUCCUCUUCCAAAUGACCAGUUCCAGGAGCAGGUCCUGGGUCUGCUGGUGGACAUCAGACAGUCAGUGUGGGAUCUAGGAGGAAGGGUGGGAGUUCUAGAACACUGGGGUGGUUCUAGGGGUUCUGGAACAGAUUUCCAUUUUGACGUGUGCAGAACCUACGAGGACAUGGCCAACCUGGAGAAAGUUCUAGAGCCUCCUGAGGUAGCUGCCCAGAUGAAACAGUUCCUGAGCAGGAUCGGUGGGAACACCUUGAGGGAAAAUGUCACCAGGGUGAUGGAGAGGCUGAUGACCAAUGAACUGAUGAGUACCUUCAACAUGAAAGGAAGGAAAGGAACCAAGAAGAGUUUUCUCACACACUCCCUUAGCAAAAUCAUUAUUGACAGCAUCAUGAUCACCCACCCGUACGCCACAGAGUCUGCUGUGAUGCACCUGAUGGCCAACGUACUGAAGUAUGCCCCAGACCGACGUGGAGGAGGAGGCAGACCCCCCAGACAGUCACCCCAGGUCCCCCAUACCCAGAGACAGCAACACAUCCAGCAACACAUCAACAUCAAACAGGAGCAAGACUAUUAAUGCCUGGACACCUUCCUUCAAGCCUGCUUACCAGUCUGUUUGUACUAUUAUUCUCCUUGCCACUCAUUGUCAUGCCAAGGAGUGGGAUGAUAGCACAGACUGGUACCCAGGCUACCUUCCUACUCUACCUGGGUCGUAUUCACUAGUAGGCACCAAACCCGUGUUCAUUUCGUCAACAAAAAGAGUGACUAAAAUAUUCGGCAAACACCUAUUUUUCAGUGGCAAUUGACAAGACUAUAACUGAAUAAAUAGACCCAGAAAAGAAGAACUAAACUAAAAUGAUUUUUCAUUCCAGUUGACUAAAACUGGACGAGAAUAAAUGAUCUGACUAAAAUCAGAUAAGUGGACUGGACAAUAGUUUUUGGAGAGAUUGAGAGCUUUUCAGUGAUAAGCACAAUUAAUAUUAGCAGUGGGAAGGACUUGCCACACCUGGCACACACAGCCUACACAUCACCUGGUGAGCUGGGGGGGAGCAAGCAAUGAGUGUGGACAGACCAGCUCCACUCUGCCUUUGAUUAUACACAUCGCUCAGGCGACUCUCUUGCUUCCUCGUAGCUAACCAGUCACCACCAGCCUUCUGGUUAGCUACCCUUUGCCUGGUUAAGAAACACAAGCUGCUUUAUGAAAUGAAAAACAAUAGCAGCAUUGAGUUUAAUAGUAAAACAACAGUCUAGCUCCCUUGAGUUUAGAAAAGUAGGCUGUCUUUGAUAUUUGUAGUCUCGCUCAACCCUCCCACUUUCCCCACUGCAUUUCAUAGCCAGGUUCUGUAGUCAACGUAGCCAAGACUCCCUCUUUUCCUCAGAGAAAAUGGCUUGAGAGAUUACCAUUCAAAAGAUAUGACUCAUAAUACUAGGACCAGGACUCGAGCACUGGGUCUUGGGAGUUCAGCCAUAGGGACUCGUGACUCGGACUUGAGGACUUGGGACUCGAUUGGGAUUUGAGGUUUAAUGACUUGACUACAUCACUGGGCGAAAUGGUCAUUAACCCCCCUUCUACUUCCUGACAUCAGUGUGGCGUCUGGGGAACGGUGAGAACAAUGAUGUGACGGAGUUGCAACCCAUAUUACUGUGUCAAUACGUGAUAGUGCCUCGCUCGCUCACUUUCUCUCCUCCCACCAUCCCUCCCUGCGCUUCUGUGUCUGUUUGUUUUUUAUGUAAUGUGUAAUAUCUAUGUAGGCUGAAUUAGGAAUUUACAUGGCCAGUUAAUUCUUAAAUAUGUUUAUCAUAUUUCUGCUGUUGGGAAGACAAUAGGAUGUUUUGCAGAAAAAUGUUUGUAGGACAAGGCUAUGUAUGUUUGUGCACAUGGAAGUCUGUGAUUUAUGUUUACUAUAGGUUAAUGAGGCAAUACAAAUGUGAUGUGACUAAAGGGCAUUUAGUUGACAAAAAAAACUAUACAAAAUCAUUAUUCAAAUAACAAAAGUGUGAGUGAGACUUAAUUAUAUUUUAGUCAAACUGACUAAGAUUAGACUAAAUCUAAAAAAUAGUGCCAAAAUGAAUACUGUACCAAACGGACUGAAACAGGUACUGCCUGGUCCCAGAUCAGUUUGUGUUCUUGCCAAGUCGAUUGCUAUCAUUGUCAAGCCGAACAUGAUAAUUCCAUAAGAACAUUGCAAGAGAGCAGACAGACUGGCAUGGCAUCCAGGCUAACACCAACUUUACUGUAGGCCUGAUGUACCCUCAGCCACCUUCCGCUUUUACGUUUCACAUUUAUUAUACAUGCACUGUAUAUAUCAUCAUUAGUUGCCUUUUUGAAUUUAACAAUUUAAUAUUAAAUAUUGAAUUUAGGAUUACGUUAUCUGUUUAAGUUAUGAUGAAAAUGAAUUUUUGGAAUGAAUGAUGGGAAGUAGUAUUUUAUAAUGUACAAAGCCUUGACUUCUGGUUCUAAAUAAAAUGCAUGCCUU